AUGUCGGGGACUAUACGGCAAGCCAUGACGCCGGCUAUAACUCGUUUACGCGAGCAUUUUGAGGAGAUACGCCCAGUUUUAGACGCCCAAGAGCGCACAGCUGAAGGAAUAGAAAUGUUAAGGACAAGAUUAGUUAAAGUUCGACGUAUAAUAAAUCGUCUUGAGGAAAAAGCCAAUCAGUGGCAAGAUUAUAUUCGAGGACUUCCAGCUAAUGAAAGACAAGCGGAAGAACAGGUUUUAGCUAACUUUGCUCCAUUGGAGCAUCAUUAUGCGGAAUGGAUAGAAAACGCACAUGAACUAAUUGCAGAUAUUGAGAUUGUUUUGGCUGAGUCUGAGGACGGCAGCACUCAAUCCGAUUUGUCAGUAGAGUUGGGAGUUGGCCAAAAUAGACUGAAUCAAUCAAGAAGGCCACAAGUUUUUGUAAAUGAAGGGCAUACGCCGUUAAAUGAGAAUUUUGUUCGUAGGAAUGAGUAUAAUAUUCCUACACAUUUGCCUAGAAAUAGAUUAGCUGAGUUCUAUGGAGAUCCUCUUGUUUGGCCAGAAUUUUGGCAAUCAUUUAGUAGGACUGUUGACAGUUUAGAAAUUGAUCCAGGCCUUAAAGCACAUUAUUUAAUACAGUGCUUGAGAGGAAAGGCCAAGAGAGCGGUUUUGGGUUAUCGACCGAUAGCCGAACAUUAUGAACCGCUAAAAGAUGCAUUAAAAAGGCAGUUCGGCAAUGAAAGAGCUAUAAGAGAUACGCUUCAUGCCGAAUUGAUAAGCCUUCCUGUGGCAAAUGAGUCUGUUUAUUCCCUUCGUUCAUACGUUGAGGAAGUUGAAAGAAUUUGUAGAUCCCUCACAGCGAUGGGAAAAGUCGAAGAGUAAGAAGUUUGAGAUCUUUUGCUAUUUUUGCCACGGAAACCAUCAUGCUGAGAAAUGCGAAAUAAUAAAAGCGAUAUAUCUGAGGACAAAAAUUUUGUCAGAGCAAAAUCGUUGCUUACUCUGUUUAAGAAAGGGUCAUACAUUGGAAAAUUGUGAGUCCAGAAUUAAUUGUAAUAUUUGUAGAGAACGGCAUAAUAAAUUAAUAUGUCCGAAAUUGUAUAAAAAUGGAGAAAAUAAAAAAGAUUUUAGAAAAGGUAAGCAAGUAAAUCAUCUAGAAACUUCAGAAAAGUUACUUACUAUAGUAGAAGAACCAAAAGAGUUUGAAAAAGAAAAGAAAGGACAGAUUAAGAAAGAUGAAAGUGUUAAUCAAAUAAAUAAAAAUAUACUUAAUAAUGAAGAUAAUGGCGAAGGAAAUGUUGUUUUAAUGAAAGCAGACUUAAUGUUGAAGGAAAGAAAUAAUAAAAUAAAUGUAAAAUGCUUCUUUGAUUCAGGAGCAACGGUCAAUUUCUUAUGUAAUGAAAUAGUUGAGAAAUUAAAAUUGAAAAAAUUAAAAAGGACAGAAUUAGGCGUUGUGC